AUGUCAUCGCAACAAGUACAGGAUGACAUUAGCGCCUCAGCACAACCUGUGCCAGCUGGAACCCAAACUCUCCCUGAUCGCACGAUGGACCCCGCUACUGGGGGAGAAAACCACCCUGCUGGCGAGGUAUCCAAGAACGCUGCCAAAAAGGCCGCGAAGAAGGAGAAACUAGCUGCUGAAAAAUCUGAGAAAUCGGCCAACAAGGGUAUUGGCAAAUCCGAAGCUAAAAAAGCGACAACGCAAAAAGCUUCCAAAAAAAAGCCAGACGGCCCUGCGCUCAUUGGUAUCGAUGUUUUAAAAAAUGAUGAUUUCCCAGGUUGGUACCAACAGGUGCUAUUGAAGGGAGAAAUGUUGGAUUACUAUGACGUGUCGGGUUGUUUUAUUCUGAAGCCACAUUCUUACUUCAUUUGGGAGACAAUCCAAACGUGGUUUAAUGACAAAAUUAAGAAGAUGGGAGUUAAGAAUUGCUCUUUCCCGCUAUUCGUGUCUGAAGACGUUUUAAACAAGGAAAAAGACCAUAUAGAGGGAUUCGCUGCUGAAGUUGCUUGGGUCACUCAUGCAGGAAAUUCUAAGUUAGAGCGGAAGAUUGCUAUCCGUCCCACAUCGGAAACAGUUAUGUAUCCGUACUACGCCAAAUGGAUUCGAAGCCAUCGCGACCUCCCUCUCCGCCUUAAUCAAUGGAACUCCGUCGUCAGAUGGGAGUUUAAGAACCCCCAGCCAUUCCUCCGCACCCGUGAAUUCCUCUGGCAAGAGGGCCACACCGCACAUUUGACUGAAGCAGCUGCUCGCGAAGAAGUGUUGCAGAUCCUGGAACACUAUGCACAUGUCUACGAGGAACUUCUUGCUGUCCCAGUCAUCAGGGGCCAGAAGACCGAAAAGGAAAAAUUUGCAGGUGGUCUUUAUACGACCACUGUUGAAGGCUACAUCCCAGCUACGGGACGUGGUAUUCAGGGAGGAACGUCUCAUGGCCUGGGUCAAAACUUCAGUAAAAUGUUUGGCAUUACCGUAGAAGACCCAUCUGCCAAACCUGACGAGAAGAAACCUGCGCUUCAUGUUUGGCAAAAUUCUUGGGGUCUGUCUACCCGCACCAUUGGUAUCAUGGUCAUGGUUCACGGCGACGACCUGGGGUUGGUACUUCCCCCGCGGGUUGCAGAUGUUCAGACUGUGAUUAUUCCUGUUGGUAUCACCGCCAAGACGACUGAUAAAGAGAGAGCGUCCCUAUACGCCGAGAUUGAUGCGCUAGCAGCUGUCAUCGAAGAUGCUGGCGUCAGAGUUGAAGUCGACAAACGAGAUAACUCCCCCGGCUGGAAAUUCAACGACUGGGAACUCCGCGGCAUUCCUCUUCGACUCGAAUUUGGCCCAGGGGAAUCGGCUGGCCAUUUCGUGACGACUUCUCGCCGUGAUAUUCCUGGCAAGGAUGGAAAAUCCACGAUUCCCAUUCCCGAACUUAAGACUCAGGUCCCUGCCCUCCUUGAAACAAUCCAGGCCGAUCUCUACAAACGGGCAGAGAAAACCUUCCGUGCUCACGUAAAGCAUAUCACCAACUGGGAUGAUUUUUCCCCUGCUCUUAACGAAAAGAAUCUUUGCCUGAUUCCUCACUGUUUGACAGAGCAGUGUGAGGAUGAGAUCAAGGAUAUGAGCGCCCGAAAAGUUGAAGAAGAGACUGGUGAGGCCCAGGACGCCAAGGCCCCAAGUAUGGGUGCGAAGAGCUUGUGUAUACCUUUUGAGCAGCCGCCUGGUAUUGAGAAGGGAGUCACGAAGUGCACGAACCCUAAUUGUGAAAGAUUCGCCGAAAAUUGGUGCUUAUUUGGACGUGAGUUGCAACUCUCCUUUACUUCUCCUUCCCCACGCUCCUACUAA